AACUGCUGGUGCUUCAUGCCGAGGAGCCCCUUUGGAGUUGGGGGCUGUGCCUGCAGUGCUGGCCCCUUGGCCCCCAGGGCUGGGCGGCAGCAUGGGCUCCCCAGCCUGCCUGUCCCAGAUCCGGGACAGACCCUCGGGCACUGGCGGGAGGUGACACGGGGUGACAAGGGACAGGGCAGGCCUGGCUGUGCCUCUGUGUCCUGGGAGCGGGUGCAGCCGGCCCCCGCCACUUCACUGGCACCGCCCGUGCCACCAUCCCCGGGGGCGCGGUGCCACCACGGCCGGCGCAGCAGCCGGCGCCCCUUUCCAAGGAGUCGUUCCCCGCUGCGGAGCUGUAACACCUCCCGGGGCUGCCGAGCGGCGACCCGCCGGUCCGCCCGCCCCGGGACAAGCCCGGCCCUGCCCCGCCGGCCGCCCCCCCGCGCCGGGCGCAGCGCAGCCGCCGGCGCUCGCACUCCGCAGGCGCGGCCGGGCCGGGCCGCCCCGCCGGGGCGCGGGGGGGGCGGGACGGCGGCGGCCCGUGGGGCGACACAGCGGCGGGGCGGGCGGCGGCAGCGCUGGGACCGCGGCGGCCGCGGGGCUCGCCGGCACACGCACGGACGGACGGACGGACGGACGCAGCGCCGCACGGGGAGGCGGCGGGGCAUGGGGAAGCGCGGCCGGCCGCGGAGGGAGCCGCGGAGCGCAGGGGUGGCCGGCGGGGCCCGGUGCCCCCUCGGGGACAUCUGCAACACGAGCCCCGCGGCGGGCAUGGACACCUUCCUCUACAACGUGCAGGUGCUCCUGGAGGCCGCCAGCUAUCUGGAGCGGAUCGAGAAGGAGAAUAAAAAAUGUGAACACGGCUAUGCCUCAACGUUCCCCUCAGUUCCAAGCCCUGGACUGCAAGAGCCGAAGCCCACGCGGAGGCUGAGCCGGGCGCGGAAGUACAGCGGCAGCGGCAGCAUCGCCAGCAUUGCCACCAGGUCUACGCACAACGAACUAGAAAAGAACCGCCGAGCUCACCUGCGCCUGUGUCUAGAACGCUUGAAAGUUCUGAUACCGCUCGGACCAGACUGCACCCGGCACACCACGCUUGGGCUGCUCAACAAAGCCAAAGCACAUAUCAAGAAACUUGAAGAGGUUGAGAGGAGAAGCCAACACCAGCUCGAGAACCUGGAACGAGAACAAAGAUUCCUAAAGAGAAGACUGGAACAACUACAGGGUCCUCAGGAGAUAGAGCGAAUACGAAUGGACAGCAUUGGAUCUACCAUUUCCUCGGAUCACUCGGACUCGGAGCGAGAAGAGAUUGAAGUGGACGUUGAAAGCACAGAGUUCUCCCAUGGAGAAGUGGACAAUAUCAGCACAACCAGCAUCAGUGACAUUGAUGAUCACAGCAGCUUGCAGAGUAUUGGGAGUGAUGAGGGUUACUCCAGCGCCAGUGUCAAGCUCUCGUUUGCUUCCUAGAACCAAGUGAGACAACAGUGCAGGGUGAAUGAUUUCAAUGGGGUGAUCAAACUGGGUCCUAGAUGCCAGUAUCCUCUUUCAGAAUUGACAUAUUGACAGCUAGGCCUGGAGAGACCUGUAUAUAAAGCUUUUUGGGUAAAGGAAGCCUCCCCAGAAACCCAUAUUUGUUCAUUUGGUUAUGUUACCAAUCCCAGUUUCUGCUGGCCAAAAGUUAGGCCGAACACUAGUCCCUUUGCAGUCAAUGAAAUCUGUUUGUUUCUGUGGGACCUGGAUCUAGACCUUAGUGAUGAAACACUUUGUUUUGAAUUUAUUUGAAAUUGUUUGAAAGAGGAUACUAGAGACUCAUCCCUCUAUUUCUGUCAUGAGAUCUGAGAAAUGUCAAAAUUUCUUACACUGCAUUCAGGUUGAACAACCUAAUAUAGGCCCUUCUGAAGAGCUUUUGUGGUCCUAAAAGGACUGUAUCCUCCAGUUUAUCACAAUCUAAUGCUGUCAUAACGUACUAGGAAGUCCACGGCGGCUUACGUAGCCUAGGAAUAGCAGUGACGAUAAUGAUUAAGGUCUCAUUCUGUGCCCAGAGGGAGAGGGGCAGCGAUGUUCAGGGGAGAACACCAUUCAACUCAGCUUUCUGUUGGACAUCAUUGAAGCAGUGAGUACCUCUAAAGCGAGAGGUGCACGCCUGUAACCUACCAGCACAGGGUGGGCUGUCGCGCCGGGGCUGUGCCCGCGCCAGCAGGUCCCGGUGGAUGUGUGACCCCCGCGGGCACACGGCCAGCUGGGGGCAGGGCAAACCAGCACUCGAGAGGUGACACACCAGACAGUCAUGCCCAGAUACUGAGCCACUAUGACCUUUUUAUUUGAAGCGAUUUUUUGAUAAACAUUUGUAAAUGUGUUGGGAGGGAAAACACCCCAAGUCUGAUGCAUCUUUUUAGAGCUUGUCCAUAUGAAACCUUAGAUGUCUUUUAUAUGAAUUUAUGCCAUGAAAAGAUCUCUGUUUUGAUGAAGCACUUGACCCAAUGAAAUGCAAAGAUCCUUUUUUUUUGCCAUGCACACAAUGGAUGAAGGCUGUGCUAAGCUGGAAGAGGCCAGGUUUGGUGGGGGUUUCUUCAGUUUUCUUUUUAGAAUCAUUCCCUUUGCUGACUUUUGAAGUUCCAGUCCAGUAGUUAACCUAGUUAAGCUGAGCACGUCUCUCAUGUUAAUGUAACGUUUUGACUGCACGUCCUGUUCCCAAGGGCCUUGCCAUCUUAUCUGUGCAGGUGCUGUUAAGAGCUGUUAUAGCGAAUGUUUUCUAAUUUUCUCCAAGACAAGCAUUCUAACCUGCACUUUGAGGGCUUUGCUUUUUUAUUUUUGUCUUUUUAAUGGCCAGGAUUAUUUUGUUUUCCAAGUUUUAAAAACCUUAAUAGAGUCUUCACCUAUGGCAUUGUUUGAAACUUUGUAUAUCGUUAAGUAAUUUAAUUACCCCUCAUUACUAAGGAAAAAAAAGAGGAAAAAAUGCUUUAUAAAAUCCAUAACUUAUUGCUGAUUUGAAUGGGUUGUUAAUUUCAGUCCUUUAGAUUUUAUUUUAUUGUUUUAGAUAGGGUUGGGUAAAAAGAGGUAAAAUAAAGUAAAAAAAUAAAGACAACCAUAUUUAGCAGUGCA